AUGCACCCUUGCACUUUGAUACUUGUGGAUAGUGCGAUUCUUCAUUUUUACGCGCAACUUGGUGAAUUGUCUUGUGCUUUUCGUGCCUUUGAUGGGAUGUCGGAGAGGGAUGUGGUUUCAUGGACAACUAUUAUUACUGCCUGCUCGCAACAAGGGCAAGGGGAUGAGGCUUUUUUGAUGUUUUCGCGAAUGUUAAUUGAUGGGUUUUUGCCUAAUGAGUUCACGGCAUGUAGUGUUUUGAAGGCUUGUGCAGAGGAAAAGGCACUAAAAUUUGGGAGGCAGUUGCACGGAGCUAUAGUUAAGAAGACAUGUAAGAAUGAUGUGUAUAUAGGAACUUCUUUAGUAGAUAUGUAUGCAAAGUGCGGGGAGAUUUUGGACUCUAGAAAGGUAUUUGACGAAAUGAUGAAUAGAAAUACAGUUACAUGGACUUCAAUUAUAGCAGGUUAUGCUCGGAAAGGACUUGGUGAAGAAGCUAUAAACCUUUUUCGAGUAAUGAAGAGACGAAAAAUAAUUGCCAAUAAAUUAACUAUUGUGAGCAUCCUUAGGGCUUGUGGUCUGAUUGGGGCUGUCCAGACAGGGAGGGAAGUACAUGCACAAAUAAUCAAGAAUUGUAUCCAAACUAAUGUAUACAUAGGAAGCACUCUUGUGUGGUUUUACUGUAAAAGUGGGGAGUCCCCUACUGCAUACAAGGUCCUCCAGCAGAUGCCUCUUAGAGAUGUGGUCUCAUGGACAGCCAUGAUUUCUGGUUGCGCAAGUCUUGGUCAUGAGUCUGAGGCUCUCGAUUUCUUGAAAGAUAUGUUGGAGGAAGGUGUGGAGCCAAAUCCGUUCACUUAUUCUUCAGUUCUGAAAGCAUGUGCUAUGCUAGAAGAUAUUACGCAUGGGAAAUUGAUCCACUCCUCUGUGAAGAAGACCACAGCAUUCUCUAAUGUAUUUGUGGGUAGUGCUUUAAUUAAUAUGUAUGCUAAAUGUGGAUAUGUAUUGGAGGCAUCUCAAGUUUUUGACAGCAUGCCGGAGCGGAACUUGUUCACCUGGAAGUCUAUGAUUGUGGCCUACGCAAGGAAUGGACUUUGCCAGGAGGCAUUGAAGCUCAUGUACCGGAUGCAAGCAGAAGGAUUUGAAGUAGAUGAUUACAUCCUUACGACAGUUUAUAAUGCAUGUGGAGAUAUUGAGUGGGAUAUGGAGCUUUCAUCUGGAUGUUGCUUGCAGUCUAGUUGACCUUUGCCUAAUCAGAAGUUCAGAUGAUUGCUUGAACUGUUUAUGAAUGGAUGAUGCUUGUGCAGAUCACAGAUGUUCCAUCAAAUUCUUUCGUAUAUAUCACAUGGAUUCUAGCAAAUAUAAAGGGUUGAUCAGUUUCAAGUACC